AUGCCUCCGCCUCACGUGGACAUCGAGGCGACGGAGGCGACAGAGCCGAAUGCCCCCUUCAGUUCUGCCUCAUCCACGGGCAGCAAGUCGGCUGAAGACGGGGCCCGCAACACUGAACACGCAGAUGGCCAAAGACGGCCCAGUGUUGCCGCUCUUUUGCGCAACCCUCUGGCAGGCCGGACUGAAGAGGAUGUCCUCGCCGAGGUCGACGCUUGGGUUGAGGAGAAGGGCCUCCAGGACUCGAGAGAGGCUUUCCGCAAGGGAGCCCUACUUGCCCGCGUCCAGCAAAGGGACGAUGGCUUCGAGAGUGUCUCUGCCCUGAGUGAAGCCGAGAAAGAGCUGUUGCGGCACGAGAUCAAGCACCGAUGGAGCCAGCCUUUCAUGCUUUACUUCCUGGUCAUCCUUUGCGCCGGUUCUGCCAUCGUGCAAGGCAUGGACCAGACAGCCGUCAACGGAGCUCAGCUCUACUACCUCGAAGAGUACGGAAUCACCAACGUGUGGCAACGAGGACUGCUCAACGGCGCUCCUUAUCUCGCCUCGGCCCUGAUUGGGUGCUGGACCAACGCCCCGCUCAACAAGGCCUUCGGCCGCCGCGGCACCAUCUUCAUCUCGUGCUUCAUCUCCUUCGUCACCGGCUUCUGGAUGGCCGCCGCCGACUCGUGGUACAACCUGCUCAUCGCCCGCUUCGCCCUCGGCUUCGCCGUCGGCGCCAAGUCCAGCACCACGCCCGUCUACGCCGCCGAGUCGGCCCCCAAGACCAUCCGCGGCGCCCUGACCAUGAUGUGGCAGAUGUGGACCGCCUUCGGCAUCAUGCUGGGCUUCGUCGUCUCGGUCGCCUUUGAGAACGUCGACUUCCUCGGCCAGUAUUCGCAGUGGCGCUGGAUGCUCGCGUCGACGUCCAUCCCGCCUUUCAUUGUCAUGGUCCAAGUCUACUUCUGCCCGGAGAGUCCGAGAUGGUAUAUGGAGAAGGGCAAGUACGACAAAGCUUUCAACGCCCUCAAGAGGCUGCGAAAGAAUGAGAUCCAGGCCGCGCGUGAUAUGUACUACGCAUACAAACUCCUGGAGAUCGAAGCCGCCGAGCGUGAAGGCAAGAACCUCUUCAAGGAGUUCUUCAUGGUCAAGCGCAACCGCCGCGCCGCUCAGUCGUCUUUCUUCGUCAUGUUCAUGCAGCAGUUCUGCGGCGUAAACGUGAUUGCCUACUACUCGUCCGAAAUUUUUGAGCAGGCUGGCUUCUCGCGGUCGAAUGCCCUGCUUGUAUCUUUCGGAACUGGCGUCACUAACUGGCUGUUUGCGUUGCCAGCCGUGUACACAAUCGACACCUUCGGGCGUCGCAACCUGCUGCUGACGACGUUCCCGCUCAUGGGCAUCUUCCUCCUCUUCUGCGGCUUCUCCUUCUACAUCCCAGACGACCCGAACGGCGGCGUGUCGGACUCGCGCGUGGCGUGCGUGGCGACGGCCAUCUUCCUGUUCAUGAUGGUCUACUCGCCGGGCGAGGGCCCCGUCCCGUUCACGUACAGCGCCGAGGCGUUCCCGCUGUACAUCCGCGACACGGGCAUGUCGUUCGCCACGGCCACCACCUGGGGCUUCAACUUCAUCCUCAGCCUGACCUGGCCCGCCCUCGUCGAGGCCUUCCAGCCUCAGGGCGCGUUUGGGUGGUACGCCGGGUGGAAUUUUGUGGGGUGGAUAUAUUGUUACUUCUUCCUGCCGGAGACGAAGAACCUCACUCUCGAAGAGCUGGACACGGUCUUCUCGGUCGGCAACAGAGAGCACGCGCAGUACUACGCCCGGAAGCUGCCUUGGUACCUCAACAAGUACAUUCUGAGGAAGGACGUCGAGCCGUACCCCCCGCUGUACCAGUUCCACGACGAAAUGGUGCACCACCGCCACGAACAGGAGCAGAAAGCCGACAACUCGGAUGUACAGGAACAGAGAGUCCACAACGAGAAAUACUAA